AUGGAUCAAUGGAAAAACAUAGCUUUUUCCAAGGAGGAAGAGGAAGGUGUGGUGGUGGCGGAGGAAGAAGUGUGCGAGGAAGAAACUUUUCAGACGACUCUGGCGGGGAGACUCUGGAUGGAUAGCAGUUACAACGUGAGAGCUUUUAAGAGCACCAUGGUUAAUGCUUGGAGGCUGAAGAACCAUGUGGAAAUCCAAGAUCUCAGCAAAAACCUAUUCUUAUUCAAGUUCGCUUCGAAAAGGGAUUUGGAGUCAGUUCUAAAGAAUGUGCCUUGGAGUUUUUAUAGAGCUUUGUUAGUCUUGAACAGGGUCUUAGGUGAAGAACAGCCGUCAUAUCUGAAUAUGCAUUUUAGCCCUUUCUGGGUUAGAAUCUAUGAACUCCCGUUGAUGCUCCGAUCUGAGGCCAUGGCAAGAAAGAUUGGGUCUAUCAUCGGUACUUUCGAAGAGAUGGAUACAAGAGAAGCAUGUAGGAAUAGGCGCUUUCUGAGAAUCAAGGUUACGGUGGACCUUAAAUCCCCCCUGAAAAGAGGAACAAUGGUAAAAUUCAAGGAGAAGAACCUGCGGGUGCAUUUCAAAUAUGAGAGGUUACCGACUUUUUGCUUCGUCUGUGGGAGGAUCGGGCACCAACUGAAAGACUGUGAGUCCCUGGAAGAGCUAGUUGAAGAAGGUUUUGAGGAGAUGGAAGAACAAGAUUUAUCCUAUGGGCAAUGGUUAAGAGCUUCACCAUUACCCAAGAUGAGUGAGCAAGUCAGGAAGAAGGAGUCCAUUUCUGGUACAUGUAGUAAGAACUUGUUCAAUGCCUCUUCCAGUCAGAGUAGAUUUGAUCCGCAGGAGAAAGGCUUGCUUGAGGAAAAUGAAGUGCAACAAAAUCAUGAGGGUGGAGAUCCUGUUUCAGAAAAAUCUAAGGCAAAUGUAGAUGGGUUAGACAUUGAGACAGUAGCUGAAUCCUUGGGCGCUGUGGAUCUGUCUGUAGCAGAACCGGUGGAAACCAUGAAAAGGCAUGUGGUAGCUCAACAAAAUAAAUGGGUGAGGAAGAAAGGAGAAAGAAAGGCCGGUGUUUCUCAAAGACAUGCGAAAGGAGGGGAAAACUCAAAAAGGCAACUCAUUGAUGUUAUGAUAACUGAAGGCUCUAUUGAUGAUUGUGGCAGUGGAGAAAAAAAGAGGAAAGCUAUCAAUGGAGAAGGAAUUGGAAACAUUUUUUCACCAGAGGUGGUGUUGGAUAUCCAACACCGCCUACCCCAAUGA